AGUAUGAUCAUGUCUUUGAUGUGGAAGAUGCAAAUGGAAUUACUAAGCUUUUACCUUAUAAUGAAGGGGAAAACUUUAAUGACACAGCUAAGAAGUUUUGUUUAAGGGAUACUCUAAACAUUACCUUUACUAAAUAGUUUAUUCCUUGAAAAAGAAUAUAUCCUUUGGGUAUUCGCAAAGCUAAAAUAAAUUAGAGUUGGAAACAUGAAAGGUUAAUAUGCUUAACAAAAAAUAUUAGAGUAACAAUGCAGGUCUAGAAAAAGGCAUUAAUCUUUUCUUGAAUACCUUCAUUAUAAAAUUUAUAACCUGCUAAUGCAGUCCUUCUAAGAUUGGCCAUGUAAACAUUAUGUAAUUGCUUAAAACAUAAUACUAAUACUUGUGCUAUCCUCUAUCAUUUAAGAAUAGUUAAAGACAUUAUUCUGA